AUGGAGCCUGGAUCGCUCAUGGAGCUUCAAAAAGAAACGGUAUUUCAAGAAUUCAAAUUAUUACUAUGCAUAUUCAUUUAUAUGUUUAAGUACACAAUGUUUAUACAUCGAGCACAUUACAUUCAAACUACUACUACUACUACUACCACUACGACUACGACUACGACUACGACAACGACCACGACCACGACCACGACCACGACCACGACCACGACCGACCACUACGACGACGACGACGACCACGACGACCACGACCACGACCACGACCACGACCACGACUACUACGACGACUACGACGACUACUACGACUACUACGACGACUACGACGACUACGACUACUACGACGACGACGACUACGACUACUACGACGACUACGACGACGACUACGACUACCACUACGACUACCACUAUGACUACCACUACGACUACCACUACGACCACUACGACCACCACUACUACCACCACUACGACCACCACUACGACCACCACUACCACUACUACGACCACGACUACCACCACGACUACCACCACGACUACCACUACGACUACCACUACUACGAUUACGACGACUACGACGACUACGACGACGACUACGACGACGACCACUACGACUACCACUUCGACUACCACUACGACCACUACGACCACUACGACCACUACUACGACCACUACUACCACCACUACUACCACUACGACUACCACUACUACGACUACGACGACUACGACGACUACUACGAUGACGACGACGACGACGACGACGACGCGGACGCCGCCGCCGCCGCCGCCGACGACGACCUACGACCUACGACGACACGACCACGACCACCACCACCACCACCACCACUGCUUCUCCUCCUGCUGCUCCUCCUGCUAUGGAACAUGAAUGCUAUUUAG